AUGAGUCUUUUACCCUCAUACUCACAAAACGAUCCAUUACAACAAUCACAUACUUCUGAUAUAAGUCCAAAUUUAUCCUGUUAUCCCGUUACUCCGCCUCAACCAGUGCUGACAAUACCGCCUCCAAUCGAUCCGCCCGCUUAUUCGCCACCUGAUGUUAUAGUAAAUAUCACACAAAAUCAAAACCGAGAAGAAGAGAGUAGUAAGAACAUAGUACAAGGAGAAAACAUAAAAUUAAGAUCUUACAAGGCUUUUUACUAUUUAAUGGCAUGCGUUUACGGUUUUACCUUGGUUAUAAGUUGUAUUAUAAUAAACAACUUUCUCAAACUUGCUGUUUGUCCAAUAGCAAGUAUAAAAAUAUUCGGGAUCGGAUUCGGAUUAGAAAUAUUACAUCGAAUAUUUGAAAUAUUACUAAUUAAAUGGAGUAAUGGCGGCGUAACCCAGAUAAGAAGUUUAGCCAUGUUUUUCGGCAAGAAAGACGCAUACAACGCAUUUAGUACAAAGACGUUAGAUACAGAACAGACUUUCCGACUCCAAGCAUAUAACGACCUGGUAUUUUUCGUUUUUGCCAGCUGUUCUAUAUUGUCGGCAUAUUUACUUCCAAAAGACGUAUUUGCUGAAUUUGAGAUGGACUACAUCCUACUAGUCAGUCUUUUUGCAAUCCAUCUUCUACUGAAAACGGAAGCGACUUCGAAGAUAAUAAUUCUGAUAAUAGCUGUUGUAAUAGUAGCUGGGGUAAUUGUGGUAAUGGUUACGGUUAUUAUGGAGGUUGUACUAGUUGUGGCGAUUGUAGCGAUUAUGGCGGCAGGAAUAAUUUUGGUGAUUGCGGUGAUUGCGGUGACUGUGGCAAUUGUGGCAAUUGUGGGGAUUGCGGUGAUUGCGGUGAUUGCGGUGACUGUGGCAAUUGUGGCGAUUGUUGCUUGCUGUUAA